AUGGCCGUCACUUGUCAAUGGUUUCAGCAGCCCAAUGGCCGUCACUUGUCGAUGGUUUACGGAGCCGUAAUGCUAUCACUAGUCGAGUGUGUCAGCACGCCGAUGGCCGUCACUUGUGAAGGGUAUCAGCCGCCUUAUGACCGUCACUUGUUCAGGGGAUCAGGAGCCCUAUGGCCGCCACUUGCUCAGGGUAUCAGCAGCACUAUGGCCGUCACUGUUCAGGGUGUCAGCAGCCCUGUGGUCGAAACUUGUCAAUGGUGUCAGAAGCCCUAUGGCCGUCACUUGUCGAUGGUUUACGCAGCCGUAAUGCUAUCACUAGUCGAGUGUGUCAGCACGCCGAUGGCCGUCACUUGUGAAGGGUAUCAGCCGCCUUAUGACCGUCACCUGUUCAGGGUAUCAGCAGCCCUAUGGCCGUCACUUGCUCAGGGUAUCAGCAGCACUAUGGCCGUCACUUGUCGAUAG